CCCGCUGGAAUUUAAGGUAGCUCCUACUAGGGUUUUAACGUCUAGCCGAGCUGCAUCCCUAACGCUGCAGUGCCGAGAAAGGAGAAGAAGCUCUUCUCUUCGCAGACAUGGGUAUCUCUCGUGAUUCGAUGCACAAGAGGCGUGCCACUGGUGGCAAGCAGAAAGCUUGGAGGAAGAAGCGAAAGUAUGAGCUCGGUCGGCAGUCUGCAAAUACUAAGCUCUCAAGCAACAAAACAGUCAGGCGGAUCCGUGUUCGGGGUGGCAAUGUAAAAUGGAGAGCCCUGAGAUUGGAUACAGGGAAUUAUUCUUGGGGCAGUGAGGCAGUUACUAGGAAAACGCGUAUCCUUGAUGUGGUUUACAAUGCUUCAAACAAUGAGCUUGUUCGAACACAAACUUUGGUGAAGAGUGCAAUUGUGCAGGUGGAUGCGGCCCCCUUUAAGCAGUGGUACCUGCAGCACUAUGGUGUUGAUAUUGGUAGGAAGAAGAAGGGACCUGCCAAGAAGGAAACUGCUGAGGAAGGAAAUGAAGGUGCUGCUGUUGAGGAGACUAAGAAAAGUAAUCAUGUUCAAAGGAAACUUGAGAAGCGCCAGAAGGAUCGUAAACUUGAUUCUCACCUUGAGGAGCAAUUUGGUUCUGGUAGGCUUAUGGCCUGCAUUUCCUCCCGGCCAGGUCAAUGUGGCAGAGCUGAUGGGUACAUUUUGGAGGGAAAAGAGCUCGAGUUUUACAUGAAGAAAAUUCAGAGGAAGAAGGGCAAGGGAUCUGGUGCUGCUGCUUAAUUAUUGCUUUCAAAAUUUUCAAGAAGCUUAUUUUCAUCUUCUAGUUUCUUUUACAUUACUAUGGCCCACAAUGCUUUGUGAACAUCUGUUUUAUUUGACUGAGUAUUAAAUUAUUGCUAUCUUGAUAAUAUUUUGCUUUGCCUGUUGAAA